CAGAGUCCCUCCCCCUGCAGCCGUGUGCUGAGUAGAGUAUAAAAACAGUGACGGGGAGCCAUUCAUCGCUAGUCCCAGUGUGUGCAUGCAUGUGUACUUGUGCAUGUAUGUGUCAGUCACAUUGCAUGAGACACAUGGCUGUUGGUUUGUGAAUCAGAUAUCCCAGAGAAACACUAAGGGUGUGUGUGAGGCAGACAGAGAGAGAGAGAGAGAGAGAGAGAGAGAGAGAGAGAGAGAGAGAGAGAGACGAAGGGUAUCUGCAGAAAGCUUCCAGAUCUCAGAAGCCAUGGAAGAAUUUGCCCUGUCCUUCUGGAUUUACAUGGGAGUGAUGUCCAUGUUCCUCGGCGGGGCCGUGCGGAAGAUGCUGGCAGUGCAGCUCCGAGCAGCGCCUACACUGCUGGCCUGGCUGGGGGCCACGGUGCUGGUGGAGAGACUGUGCUCCCUGUGGCUCCCUGGCGCUCUGCUCCUGGGUCUGCUGGGGGCCGCCUGCUGUCUCUGUGCCCCCCGGCGUGGGCUCCCCGCUGAGGGAAAGGUGCUCUUCAUAACAGGCUGUGACUCAGGGUUUGGAAAAGCCGCCACUCAGCGCCUGGACUCACUGGGCUUCGAGGUCAUCGCCAGUGUGCUGGACCUGGAGGGACCAGGGGCUGCAGAGCUGCGGCGCACCUGCUCCUCCCGCCUUACCCUGGUAAAGAUGGACAUCACUCAGCACGACGACGUUCAAAACGCCCUCGCCUGCACCAAGGUCAAGCUGGGCCUCCGAGGUUUGUGGGGACUUGUCAACAAUGCGGGGGUCUGUGUGAACUUUGGCGAUGCCGAGCUCUCGCUCAUGACCACCUACAGGGGCUGUAUGGAGGUCAAUUUCUUCGGGACUCUGAGUGUCACUAAGGCAUUUCUGCCACUGGUCCGACAAGCCAAAGGGAGGAUCAUCACUGUCUCGAGCCCUUCAGGUGAGCAACCAUUUCCCUGCUUGGCAGCGUACGGUGCUUCAAAAGCUGCCCUCAGCCUCUUCAUUGACACCUUGCGCCAUGAGCUGGAGCCCUGGGGGGUUAAGGUCUCCACUAUCCUUCCAGCUUCCUUUAAGACAGCUCAGACCAGUAACUUUGCAUACUGGGAAGAACAGUACAAGAAGCUCCUCCAGGAAAUGUCACCUGGUCUUCUGGAGGAGUACGGAGAAGAAUACCUGCUGGAAACCAAGGAACUCUUCCAGAUUCAUGCCAAGACGGCGAGCGAAGACCUGAGCCCUGUAAUCAACGCUAUCACCGAUGCUCUGACGGCACGGCAACCCAAAGUUCGCUACUACGCCGGGCCCGGGGUGGCCCUCAUGUACUUCAUACACACCUACUUCCCCACAUCCUUCAGCGACAGGUUCCUGCAAAGGCUCUUUGUCAAGAAGAAAGUGGUGCCCCUGGCUCUGCGGAGACAAGUCCAGCAGCAACGAGAGUGAAACCACAGGGGACGCAAGUUGUAGCCAUCUCUGGCCUUUGGACUGUGGGUGGUGCUUGUCAGUACACAACCUCUGUGUCCACACAUAGAUGUACCAACUGGUAUAAAUGCGAUCUUGGUGCUAACUGGAUGUACACGCAUGUAUACGUGUAUGUGCAUGCGCGCACACACACACACACACACACACACACACACGCACACACAC